AUGUCGCGCUCCUUCUAUGUGGACUCGCUCAUCAUCAAGGACUCCCCCCGCCCCGCGCCCGCGCUGCCCGAGCCGCACCCGGGGCCGGACUUCCUCAUCCCGCUGGGCAUGCCAUCCCCGUUGGUGAUGUCGGUGUCCGGGCCGGGCUGCCCGUCGCGCAAGAGCGGCGCUUUCUGCGUGUGUCCGCUCUGCGUCACCUCUCACUUGCACUCCUCUCGGGGACCCUCGUUACUCAAGAGCCAGUUUGCGCCGGGCCCCGGGGACGCCGCGCCGUACUGCCCGCGGGUGAGCCACGCGCACCAUCACCACCACUCGCCGCAGCACCACCAUCACCACCACCAGCCUCAGCAGCCCGGCUCGGCGGUCGCGGCGGCGGCGGCGGCGGCAGCGGCGGCGGCGGCGGCCUUGGGGCACCCGCAGCACCAUGCACCUGUCUGCGGCGCCACCACCUACAACGUGGCGGACCCACGGCGAUUCCACUGCCUCACCAUGGGAGGCUCCGAUGCCAGCCAGGUGCCAAAUGGCAAGAGGAUGCGAACGGCGUUCACCAGCACGCAGCUGCUGGAGCUGGAGCGCGAAUUCUCUUCCAACAUGUACCUGUCUCGACUCCGGAGGAUAGAGAUCGCCACGUACCUGAACCUGUCGGAGAAGCAGGUGAAAAUCUGGUUUCAGAACCGCCGGGUGAAGCACAAGAAGGAGGGGAAGGGCACGCAGAGGAACAGUCACGCGGGCUGCAAGUGCGUCGGCGGCCAGGCGCACUACGCGCGUUCUGAAGACGAGGACUCCCUGUCGCCGGUCUCGGCCACCGAUGACAAGAUUUCCCCUUUAUGA